AUUCCUAUUCAAACUUAAAUUCAACUCAUUAUUACUUUCUUCAUCACCGAUCGAUUCAUUAUUAAUUCUUCUCUAAGCUUUCUUUCUCCAACAGAUCUCGCUGCUUACUGCUCCAAUAUCAACUUAAGAAGAUGAAACCGGACCAUCCGUGGCCCGUCCUUCCUUCGAUGACUUACGAUGAGGAAUACAUGGAUCACAACAAGAAUUUCGUCAAAGCUCUUCAGGAACUCAAGAAUUUAAAGCCACAACUCUAUUCCGCUGCAGAAUACUGUGAAAAGUCAUAUAUACACAAUGACCAGAAACAAAUGGUUCUUGGUAACCUAAAAGACUAUGCAGUACGAGCUCUGGUCACUGCUGUAGACCACCUUGGCACAGUUGCUUUUAAAUUGAAUGAUCUGCUUGAUCAACAAACUAGUAAUGUUUCAGCCAUGGAACUGGAUGUUUCUUUCUUGAAUCAGCGAUUUAUGACAUGCCAAAUAUACACUGACAAAGAAGGAAUGAGGCAGCAACAAUUAUUUUCUAUCAUACCAAGGCAUCACAAGCAUUAUGUUUUGCCAAAUGCCAUCAAUAAGAAGGUACAUUUUAGCCCACAAACACAGUCGACAGAUACAAGAGAAAGUAGUAAUGGUCAAUCAAGAUCGCGGAUUUUAUGCCCAUCAGGUACCCCAGCUUCAAAAACUCUGUCUUGGCAUUUGGCAACAGAAACAAAAUCCACAUUGGAAGGAACUCGCCGUGUGUCUGUGGGUAAUGGCGAUACAAAUACAUCUGGACAAAUUUCAGGAGUUUUCGAUUUAUCAAGAGCAGAUGAUGAGAAAAACAUUCAAACAAAAGCCUCGAUAUCCCCGACAAUAGAUGUCUCGGGGAAGGAUUCGGCUGUUGAAGGAUCGAAAAAGUUGAAUGCAUUGAAAUCAUUCGACAAGACAAAGAAAAGGGAGGCUGCUAAUCCACUAAUCCGCAGCAAGAGUGUAUUGUCGGCUCUCUUCUCUAAACAGAAGGCUUCAAGAAUCAGAACCAUCUCAUGAACAUCCAAGUUUAUCUUUCCCACUACUCCUAGUUUAGAAUGGAUUGUUCGGAAAUGUUUUUUUUCUAACAAUAAGUGAUACUUGUUCUUGAAUAAUGUUUGCUCAGCUGGUGGUUGAGUGAUCGAUCAUAGUUUAACAGGACAUACGAUGAUGUUACUAACUUCUUAUUUUAAUGUGUUUUGUUCACAUUACUUAAAAACCAUUAAUUUUUCCAUUUUUACGUUUAAAACUCGAAAAAAACAGAGCCUAUAUAUAUAUGUUCAUUGU